AUGAGAUCACCCGGUACUUCACGGUCGCAACGUGCUUCUCACUUUCUUGAGGAGUCGAACUCCACCGCGAGCUUGUUUCUGGGCAGCGUCCAGAAGGAUUGGAUGACCUCGGUGGGGGAGAGACCGUAUCCACUACGCGAGCCACGAGCGGCGGACAAGUCCGCAUCAAAAGCAACAAAAUCUCAUCAUGGACGUAGUGCUUCCGAAAUCUCGCAAGAGGCUUCCCACCUGGGCUCGACAGAGAUUUCCCUCCCGUCGCCAGUGACACCCGGUACAGAGCUUUCAUCUGCAGCCUCGUCUCAACCAUUGCCUUCAUUGAGCAUUGCCAGCAAGCUUACAGCCUCGACGGCGUUUGCGCUUCCGUCGCCAGUUCCUAGUCCUGGAUCUCAUCUAACGCCUGCUUCUCCUCGACUUUCCCCCCCAUUACCACCACCACUUCCUCCUCCUCUCUCCUCGACCGCGGCCUCGAUCGCGAUCGUCGCUACCAGCCCAACUGCGACCAGCCAGGCAUCAGCGGUGACAGCAACGGCAGCUCUCGAGACACGUGCUCCAACACCGCCACGACGUGAUGAGGCGGAUACUGGCCUCGCUCAAUCAACUCUGAGUCACCAGGCUCGUUGCUCCGUGCACAUUUCCAAGGGUAUCUCUACGGGAAGCUCGUCGGAGACACAGACACGAGUGGCGAGCUCACAACCGAAUCCCGUCCGGCUUGGCAAUUGCGCUCCUCCAGAACAGUCCAGUCAACCUGUCGAUGGCCAGCCCGAUCCAUCGCCCCAAAACCUACGCUGCUUCCAAUUCAGCCCAUCGACGGUGCCGCUCUCGACCUCAACGGCGGAGGAAAGUCAUGCGAACGAGUCGCAGUUACACCAGGUCACACCAGAAGGGCUGCCGCAGUCCCUCAAGAUGACACUACCCGUGGCAGGCACUUGGACUUUGUGGAGUCAGAACGCAGAACAGCUGAUCAAACACGCAAAUACUCUUCGCUCCGGUAUUGGAGGCCCCCGGGCGGCGCUCCUACUUAAGGCUUGCUCGAAGCGCGACAUUGUCUACAUCGUGCUUCAUCAGCUGUUCUGUGAGGUUUAUAGGGACCCUCCGGGAUUCUUCGCCAGAUUUCCGGCCCUCGGCAAUGAGCAUUGUGUAUCGGGGAUGCAUAAACUAGCGGAUCUGCUGGCGGACAACUCGGCAUUGCCCAGAGCGCUGGUUGACGCAUUUUGCGAUUAUCCUUGGGCGAUAGGAAAAACCGUUCAAGCCUCAUGGUUCCCUGCUGUCUUUGAAAUGGUUCGGGAUUGUCUCAUGAAACUAGCGGAUCGCUUGACAGUCGACGCCAUUCGCCAUUUCUACGAACGUGGCUAUCCCCCACUCGUGAUGGAGUUAACGCAACAGUACUGUGCAAAGUCUCCAGUCUUGUGCGAAGUGAUCUUCCUAUCUACAUGUCGGCGUCUAUAUGAGCACUGGAAAAUAGACCUUCUUGAGCGUAUAUAUCACAAAAAUCAGUUCCUGGUUGAUCGCAAUGCCCCAGAAAAGGCUAUUGCCGCUUUAAUCGAGGACUAUCGCGCAGUCCCCAUGAAGCACGGGCUGUGCGCAGCCCCGGGCGAGUCUCAACUCUCAUCCAGUCACAAUCUGAACCGGGUAGCACGUCAAACUGGAGGAGCGACCAAAUCACGGGGGGAUGAUGCGCAAUUCAACCAGCCCGGUUCCUCUACUGCUCCAAGCCCUACACAACGUCAAAAUGAGGCUGCGGCGCAAAGACCAGGGUCGGUCUCCCAGUCUUAUAUGCCUAGUUCAUCCACUGCUUCGAGCUCUACUUUACCAUUGAAUGGCCAACAAGUGCCCGCCAACUUGUCGCCGCUUGUUCAACCCCCCCUCUUGCCUUCUCAAGAGGCAGAUGCUCUCUUUUCACGUCAUAUUUGGGACGCGAGAGAUCUCCCGAUAUCGGCCCAGGAAGCGAGGCAGACCAGGCCAGCGAUUCGUGACGGAUUUCAAACUCUGGCGGCAAUGUCGCCGCCGGUGAACGCGAGGCACAGACAGGGAGCUGAUCCUAAUAUUUCAAACAGACCAACCCACAUGGUCGCAUUAACAGCGGCACCUCACGUGGCAGGCUCAGCCCUGACAAGUGAUUCCCAUGCCCAACCGUCACCUUCACAGUCGCAAAACGUCCAGACAGUGCCAGGAUGGCAUAAUUAUUUCAGCCGACCUCAACAACCACAACCUUCGCAGUAUGUCCAGUAUCUCCAGAACCAACAAUUCCGAUCUUCUCAGUCAACAACACCCGGUACCACCACGGCUCGACCGGCGGCCGAUCGAAAUUCCACACAAACUUCCUUGAUGAGUCGGUCAAGCCAUCCAAGAAACAGCCAAUUUCCCUCCAUACGACCGGUCCCAGUCUCUUCACCCAGGGUACAGAUGUCUCAAAGCCAGCCUGUCCAAUCUCGAUCGGCGGGUAUAUCACCUUUGCUUCCUCCUGAAGGCUACAGAGCCCCUCUGACAGUGCAGCCGCAGCCUAUGCGACUGGGGAUACACCAGGCCGAUUUGCGUGAUCCGGUGAAACAGCUUGUCAAAAAGACACCUGAUGGGGUAGAAGAUAUCCACUUGUACCAAUAUCUCGGCGAAUUCCUGAUACGUCCAACAGGAGUUGACCCGGAGGUGUUCAGUUACCGAUGGAAGGUUUCCAUUUCAGCAAGUGAUUACCAGCGUAUCUCGCGUCCUGUUCAGAGAGAAAACGGGCAACGAUCUCUGCAAGUAUACCAGUCGGGCAGUAGAAUAUAUCGGUUGCGGAUCAUUUCUGUGCCCAACUCACAAACUCAAAGUAUCGAAACGAUUUGGUCCACAGCAAGCACUACCUGGCCCAGUGUGAUGUACAUUUUCGUCAACCAAAACGAGAUGUACGUGCGGCGCAAGGUGCACAAUGGUAAGGACCUCCCUUUGGACAUCAGCGCGCAUCUUCGUGAAGGCGAGAACGAGGUCAACCUUCAUUUUCUUCUGGGCCCGGGCGAGUGUAGAUCCACACACUACGAAGCAGCCGUUGAAAUCAUGGAGAUUUGCGAGUAUGACGAGAUUCUCGCACAAAUCCGUCGCCGCCCAGCAUGUGAAACCCGUGCCGACAUCACAAAACGCCUCAGCUCCCGUAUCGAUGACGACGAGCUGGCGAUCGUGACUGACAGCCUUACCGUCCCUCUCAUUGACCCUUUCAUGGCUCAAGUGUUCAAGGUUCCCGUGCGUUCUGUCAACUGUACGCAUAUCGAAUGCUUCGACUUGGAAGCCUUCGUCACCACCCGCAAGUCCAAUUCCGGCAGUCAACCUCUGAAUGACAACUGGCUUUGUCCAGUGUGUAAAGCAGACGCCCGUCCACAAUUACUCGUCAUUGAUGAGUUUUUUGUCGAUGUUCGAGAAGCACUGGAGCGAGGCGGGUUGAUAGAUAAUGCCCAAUCGAUUCAGGUCGGUGCCAAUGGAACAUGGACGGUCAAGUCCGUGAGUGAUGAAUUGGCAUCUCCAAUCCCAUCUCAAAGCCAACUUCCCCAAUCAACAUCAUCUGCAAAACGCAAGGUGGAUAAAAUGACCGGCAACCAGGAGCAAAGCCAACGCGCUAAACAAGCUAGCCCUGCGAAAGGCCCGUUCCAGAGUCCAAGUAUCAUUGAGCUUGAUUAA